AUGUUUCAUGGAACAAUUACAGAAGAACUAACUAGUCACAAAGAAUGGAGUCACUAUAAUGAAAACAUCAUAGAAGACCAGAAAGAUUUUGUUUUUGUGAAGUUCAAUGGCCUUCAUUUAAAAUCUAUGGAAAAUUUGCAAUCAUGUAUCUCUCUUAGAGUAUGCAUCUUCUCAAACAAUUUUAUUACAGAUAUUCAUCCACUUCAAAGUUGUAUGAAAUUAAUCAAACUUGAUCUCCAUGGAAAUCAGAUAAAGAGUCUGCCAGAUACCAAAUUUUGGAGUGGAUUGAAGAACCUAAAACUCCUCUAUCUUCAUGACAAUGGGUUUGCAAAGUUAAAAAAUGUGUGUGUGUUGUCUGCCUGUCCAAACCUUAUUGCCCUCACUAUGUUUGAUUGUCCAGUAAGCCUUAAAAAAGGAUAUAGACAUGUUGUUGUUAACAGUGUAUGGUCUCUCAAAGCUCUGGAUCAUCAUGUGAUUUCUGAUGAAGAAAUAAUUCAGAACUGGCAACUUCCUGAAAGAUUCAAAACAUGUAGCUACCAACUUUUGUUUAAUUUUUGUCCAGCUUUGAAAAAGGGAGCAACAUAUGAAGAUGAAAUUAAUAAUAUUAAAUAUAUUAUUUCAAAAAUUAAUGAAAUUCUGGCUCAUAAUUCACCAGUUUUGAUUGUUCAAAGAUGGAUACGUGGUUUCUUAGUUAGAAAAAAUUUGAGCCCCUUGUAUUUGUGUAAAAAAAAGCAAGAAAAAAUUAUUAGAGAAUAUGAAACAAAAUGGAUUCACGUAACCGAAGGAUAUGAAGAUAAGCUCUUUAAGGAUAUCCUUUUCAAGCCUGAAACUAAUAUUAAAGGAAAGCCUGCACAUUGGAAACAUAGGCUAUACUCUCCUGUUGAUUUAAAAAGUUCUAGUGAACACAGAAAACAAGUUUCCCCUCUUUCAUAUGAAUUAAAUACAAAAGAUAUUGGCCAGAAACCAAAAAAAUCAAGAGAUCUCAUACAAAAAGGUCAAAAGGAGUCUGAAGAUGAAAUUGAGGAUGAAGAAUUGGAUACCAGUUUUAGGAUAUCAGUCUUCAAACUACCCUUAUACACUUUAGAUUCAUUGAAGUAUGCUGCAGUAUUGAAAGAGAAAAAACAAGAUUCUUCUCUUAUAUGUUCCCAGCCAUUUUCUACCACUCAUCCAAAACGAAUAAUUAAAAAAGACACUGUGUUGGACAGGAAUAUAAGAGAAUUUUUUACAACACACAGAGCUGGUAUGAAACUCCGAACACUUCGUGAAAUUGAUAAAUAUUACACAGAACAAAAGAAGCAGGAAUGCCAUAAAGAAAAGAUAACAGCUGUAGCCAUGGCACAAGUUGCCCAAGAAAGAGUUAGCAUAACUGUUAAUGAAAAUUUAAAUGCGAAAAAAUAUGUUGCGCAAAAGUUAAUUGAAAAAGAUAAUGAGACACUUCAGAGUGGUUUACGACAACUUCGCCAGGACAGAUUUGACUAUUUUGAAAAAGUAAGAAAGAGAAGAGCUCUGUUUCUGGAAGAAAAAACCCAAAAGGCUGCAGAUCGUUUAUUAGUUCAAAACUUAAAUAAUGAGCGCACUCUUUUGAUCAAAGGAAUGAUUAAAGUCGACCGAUUGAAGCAGAAUGAGGCUGUCCUAAAAGAGAAAAGUCUCAUUGUUCAGAAAAAACUAAAAGCAGAAAACUAUCAAAAGAAUUUACUUAAACAAAUGAAGGAAUUUAGGGCUCAAGAAAUACAUAAAAAGCACUGUGAAGAAAAAUUUGUUAUCAAUAUGCUUGCCCUUCAAAAAGCCUGUGAAAGAUUCCGAGAGGCUAAAGCAAAAGUUGCAAAAGUAAAAACAAACGUAAAGUUCCCAGUGGUUUGA